UGUAGCUGAAGUUCAAUGAUCAGAAAUAUUGGAAGCAAAGCUGCAAGAUUUGUUAACGGAGUCUUUCAACAUGUUAAACUAUCACCGAGCGUCACCAAAACCGUGAAAGGGAAGCUAUGGUUGGGAGCAAAACUAGUUCAGAUUGGUAGAAGUGAGAAGAUCUUUAAGAAGAUGUUCAAACUCAGACAAGAUGACAAGUUACUGAGCUCUUCACACUGUUAUUUGUCAACAACAGCAGGUCCCAUAGCAGGGCUCCUCUUUGUCUCCACCCAUGUGGUCGCCUUCUGCAGUGACAGACCAAUCAUAUUCUCUUCUCCACAUGAAGAACAGAGCAGAAUGAAUUACAAAGUUAUGAUCCCAAUGAAGAAGAUGAAGAGAGUUAACCAAAGUGAAAAUGUAAACAAUCCAUCAAAAAAGUACAUUCAAGUGGUGACUGUUGAUGGGUUCGAGUUCUGGUUUACGGGGUUUUUGAGUUAUAAGAUGGCUUUUAAGUUCCUCGAGAACGGGCUUUCUAAGGAUUGA